AAUCAAACUCAACCACAAAUCAAACUCAACCAGCACCCAGUGGAGAUCGGAGAGAUGGAGACGCGGAGAGCGAGAGAAAAAGCACUUGCUGUCCGGAACGAGAGACGCUGAAAAAAAAGAUGAUCCGUUAAAUAAAAGACUGCGUCAUGGCUCAUAUCCUAUCGACGGAGAAGGAUUUUAGUUCACCCAACGGGAACAGAGAUGCGAACCUCGUUGCUUAUUAACGGGCGGUUCCGUGAUCCAAAUAGUCCAACUCCGCCCGUGAACGGGGCACGGGACGCAGCGCCUGUGCUAGGCAUCGCACUCUGGCUAGGUGUGGUUUCACAACACUUAGAUUAGCCUACCUAGUUCUUAUUCCACACGCUCGUUCAUAAUUGAAGCUGAAGCCGUCGGGGAUGUGCUAGUCAUCUCGUCGCAACAAAGGGAAGGGCGGCUUUCAGUAACCAUGAGGGCUGUAUCGGCGAAUUUACUUGCACUUCUCUUUCUCUGCACUUGUGCCAGUGUAUUCUACGUCUGGAGCAGUUUGGGGAGAUACAACACGGGACUACAGUUAACGAGUAGGGGGUCCGCUCACAUUGGGCCAUCCCCGGACCUCUCUGCUAAAACUUUCCGGGCUUUGCUCGCCGUUCCAGUAGCACAGAGACGGGGCAUACUGGAUGCCCACAAUCUCACUGGUGUUGCGGAUCAAACUGGCUCUUUAGGAAUCAGAGAUUACCAUAUGAAUGUAGAUAACAAGGGGUCAGCACAGAGGGGGGUCCCGGCCAAAUUGGUCUCUCCGGUUGAGGGGAUUUUUUGGAGUGAAUGGCUUGAGGAUAAGUUUCCCGUCAGCUUCAGUGAGGAACAUGCCCGGGCAUGGCGAGGGAGAGCCCGGGGACACCGGAUUGUCAGACUGGAGCCGGGCUGUGGUAGAAUAUCCAAUCAACUGGCCACUUUUUCGGACCGAUCCAAAGCAUGCGUGCGUUAUGGAAUAAACGCGGACCAGGUGCAGGGGGAAACUUUGACUUAUUACCUGGCUAGUUUGCUGGGUAUUACAAAUCUGCCGCCUCUCAUCCUCGCCCAGUUGAACGUUGACAGUGAACAAUGGGCUUCUGUGAGAAGAAGAAUAGGAGGUUUACAGUGGAGUGAGCGGGCCGUGGUCUCACUCACCCAGUGGGUCGCCAACCUGACAGGGGUAAUCACACCUGCGCCGCUGCGCCAAGAGAGCAAGGGGCUGCGUCCUCUACGGGGGGAGCUGGGGAACAAGACGACGGCGGAGCUGCUCGAGCUAAUGCAGUGGACGGACCUGAUAAUAUUGGACUACCUGUCUGCUAACUUCGACAGGCUCGUUAGCAACCUAUUUAGCCUGCAGUGGGACUCGCGCGUGAUGGAGAGGGAGACCAACAACCUGCUCAGAACACCCCGUGGCGACCUGGUUUUCAUCGACAACGAGGCAGGGCUUGUGCACGGUUACCGUGUACUGGAUAUGUGGGAGAAGUACCACAGCACCGUCUUGGACUCAGUGUGUGUGUUCAGAAAGAGGACAGUACAGCGUGUUAUAGAACUGCACCGGCGCAGGGACACCAGGACUCGGCUGCUCGAGCUAUACAGAGACAGCGAACCAUUGUCUCCGGAAUUAGGGUUUCUCUCUGAUGAACAUGCGGGAGUACUACAGAGUCGAAUAAACAGAUUAUACAAACACAUAUUGCAUUGCAAGGUGAAGUACCAGCUGGGCAAUUAGUUUUGGUGCCUCUCAUUUAGAGGUUCUGUAUCUGGCAUCUGCUCCACAGAAUGACGUGUGCUGCAAAUCAGUAACCACACACCUGUACUAGAUUAAUGCGCGUCAGUUGAAACAGUUUUUUAAUAUAUUGAUGAACUACCUCUUGUGAAAACAACGUUUUGCCUACUUUAUAUGUCUGCAUAAAUAUACACAUUGACGUUGAUUUUUGGCUUCGUGCAGGAUGGUCAUAAUUUAUUUUCAGCCAGCCUCAAAACAUAGCUGCAGGAAGAAUGUGAUAUGAGCCAAUGCAUCUUUGUAGCUAUUUAGGUUUAAUGGUCAGCCUUCAACCUCAGGAGUUUGAUAGGCUUCACAGUUGUGUUUAUUAAUAGGAAUAAAUUAUUGUGGUGUAAGGGGGGAUAAUGAAUAAUCACUUCAUGUCAUCUAUAUGCACAAGGUGCAUUGUGUUCAAUAAUCUCCAUAGGAAACUGGACUGCUUGAUAAUGAGAACCAGGCCUUAAUAGGUUACUCCUACAACGUUUUGUAUUUGUUGCCACAAAAAUGUAUAAUGUAGACUUUGUCACCUG